AUGCACCCUGUCAUGGACGCCGAUUUAUUACGAGAUUUAAAUAUUCCACUUAUUUUUUGUAACAACCAAGAAUCAUCAUCUAAAUUGCUUAAAUUGAUGAUGGAAAAACGGAAAGAACUUUUGGAUAAAUCUAAGAGCCGCGAGGAGCUUUUGCAUGAUACAAGUAAUAAUGAACAUGUUUUAGAAAAGGAGGCUGUUGUGGAAACAGCUGCAAAAAUAGAGACGCCAUCAACAAUUCAACAAUCCCUUCCACCGCAGCAGGUUCAGCAACCAUUCUUGACAACCAUCUCUAACAUUUCUCGAGUGGAUGAUCAAAGUGAAAACUCUGAAAGCGAGGAAGAAACAAAAAUGUACAUUAUGGAAGAUGAUAAUUAUGAAAUUGGAGGUUUUAAUACGAUACAACAGCCGUUUUCACACGGAACAGAGCCAAAAGAAAUCAACAACCAAUCGUUUGAACCUGUCAAGACACCUCAAAUUUUGGGUCAUGUUUCUGAGCGAAAAGAAGAAAGCACAAAAACAGUGUCCUCUCCUUCUUCGGUUCAGUCCAUAAGCUUAUCAGCAACAUCUACAAUGGCUCCAUCAACUUCAAGCGGCAACGCCCCACAAGUUACGGAACCAAAGAAAAAACGUAAAAGAUCCAAGAAGAAGAAAGCAGAUGAAUCGCAACUAAGAAAGCGAGCUCAAACCUACACCUAA